UCAAAGAAGGCGGCUGCCUUAUAAGUUUUAAUAUCUUCAUUUCAUUCACAAUUCAAUCAAUCCUUGCGAUUUUCCGUCGCGUUUGACUCUUCUUCUAGCCGCGUCAGGCGUUGUUGAUAACAGGUUGGUUGAAGGAAGAUGGGAGGUGGAUUUAGAGUUCUUCAUCUGGUUAGGCCGUUCCUUUCAUUUCUCCCGGAAGUGCAGAGUGCCGAUCGGAAAAUUCCAUUUAGAGAGAAGGUUAUUUAUACCGUCAUCGCCCUAUUCAUCUUCUUGGUAUGCAGUCAGCUUCCUCUCUAUGGUAUUCACUCCACGACGGGCGCAGAUCCGUUUUACUGGAUGCGUGUGAUCCUCGCUUCUAAUCGUGGUACUGUCAUGGAGCUUGGAAUCACCCCGAUUGUCACAUCUGGGAUGGUGAUGCAACUCCUUGUCGGGUCCAAGAUUAUUGAAGUCGACAACAAUGUCCGGGAAGACCGUGCUCUCUUAAAUGGUGCACAGAAAUUGUUGGGCAUCCUGAUAGCCGUUGGUGAGGCAGUUGCUUAUGUUCUCUCGGGAAUGUAUGGUAGCGUUAGCCAACUUGGUGUGGGUAAUGCUAUUCUUAUUAUAGUUCAGCUCUGCUUUGCUGGUAUUGUUGUCAUAUGUUUGGAUGAGCUUCUCCAGAAGGGUUAUGGUUUAGGAUCUGGAAUUUCCCUCUUUAUAGCAACCAACAUGUGUGAGAACAUUAUUUGGAAGGCUUUUAGUCCAACCACCAUUAACAGUGGAAGAGGAGCUGAAUUUGAAGGAGCAGUCAUUGCGUUGUUCCAUCUGCUGAUUACCCGAACGGACAAAGUUCGGGCAUUGCGGGAAGCAUUCUAUCGACAGAACCUUCCCAAUGUGACAAAUCUGCUUGCUACAGUUCUGAUCUUCUUAAUUGUUGUUUACUUCCAAGGGUUCCGUGUGGUUCUGCCAGUGAGGUCCAAGAAUUCCCGUGGGCAACAGGGUUCUUAUCCAAUUAAGCUCUUCUACACCUCCAACAUGCCAAUCAUCCUUCACUCUGCUCUUGUUUCCAACCUUUACUUUAUCUCUCAGUUGCUGUACAGGAAGUACAGUGGAAACUUCCUGGUGAAUCUUCUGGGUAUAUGGAAGGAAUCUGAAUACUCAAAUGGUCAAUCUGUCCCUGUUGGUGGUCUUGCUUAUUACAUCACCCCACCAUCAAGCUUAGCCGAUAUGGCCGCCAAUCCCUUCCAUGCUUUGUUCUAUCUUGUCUUCAUGUUAUCAGCUUGUGCACUCUUCUCAAAAACUUGGAUUGAAGUUUCUGGAUCCUCUGCCAAAGAUGUGGCUAAGCAGCUGAAGGAACAACAAAUGGUUAUGCCUGGACACCGUGAAUCUAACUUACAGAAGGAGUUGAACCGUUACAUACCGACCGCUGCUGCAUUUGGAGGAAUGUGCAUUGGUGCACUGACUGUGCUGGCUGAUUUCAUGGGAGCAAUCGGUUCUGGAACUGGAAUUUUACUUGCAGUCACAAUCAUUUAUCAGUACUUCGAGACCUUCGAGAAGGAGAAAGUAAGCGAACUGGGUCUGUUCGGUUUCUAAACCUUUUCGCUCAGUUUAAUUUAUACUUCGAUGGUGCCAAAGAGCUCCCUCUCAAUUUUGGUGCCUAGGGAUUUUCUCAAGUCUUAUGUUAACUCAUCUUAGGUAUCAUCACUUUAGCUUUCUUUCACUGUAAGAGCACAUAAUAUCAUCUUGAGACUCUGAAUCUCCACGCCUUCUCUUUUAUGCGUCUU